AUGGAGCAACAUAAUGAAGCCACAGCUCGGGUCAACGUGACUCACGCAGCAAAAACCGCGCUCACGGUGGUGAAAAUAGCCUGUACGCUGCCGCUAGCCUGUGGCUCCCUGUACUGCGCUGCUCUCAUGCUGUACACCUUUUGCUCCGACCUGUCUUUCCGUGAGAGUUCCCGUUACAUCUUAUUCACGUACAUGCUGCUGAACGACGCCGUCGAGUUGGUGGUCUCGGUGUUGCUGUUCCUGCUCAGCAAGUUGCACAUCCCCAUACCCCUGGGAGUCUGCUCCCUGUUUGUUACCGUUUCCGGCAGUGCUUACCUAAGCACGCCCGUGAUCCUGGCCGCCAUGGCGCUGGAACGUUACAUUGCCAUCUGCGUCCCUUUGAGGCACGCGGAAAUCUGUACCGUGCGGCGAAGCGCGGGAGCUAUCGGUAUUAUUUGCGCGUUGGGAUUACUGCCCCACCUCGUCGAACUCGUAGCUCUAUCCACCACCCACUCGCCACGUUUUUUCAGUCGUCUCGCCGUGUGCUCAAAGGAAGCACUGAUCACUAACCGUUUCCUAAACUUGUUUAGGAUGACGGUGUUCGCCGUGGAUUUCAGUGUUGUCACGCUGACCAUUUUAUACACCUACGUCAAAAUAAUUCUCGAGGCCAGGAAAGCCUCGGGUGAUCAGUCUUCCAUUUCCAGGGCUCGGAAGACGAUUUUGCUGCACGGCAUUCAGUUGAGUUUCUGCAUGACUUCGUUCACUCAUCCCAUCACCGAGAACCUAGUGAGGGAUCAGGGCUUCCUCUUGCGAUCCUGGGUGAUUUACGCCAAUUUCUUUCUGUUUAUCCUGCUGCCCAAAGCCCUCAGCCCCGUCAUUUACGGGCUGAGAGAUGAAGCCUUCAGAAAGAAAAUGAAGAAACACUUUAUUUUCUGUCGUUCUUCAAAAAUACAACCAACUGUACUUAGUACUUAG